ACAUCACAGUUGGUGGUGUGAGAAGAACUGCACCCACACGAGUUGCUAACACACAGUAGCUGGUGGCACAGUAUUUUUACCGGGUGUACAGCUCUUUGUCACAACUGUAGCAUAUAGUGUUGUUCAAGUCUCCCCUUUUUGUUUCGACGUAAGCCCUGUCUGCCUUGGUUUCUGACACUUGUUCGAGGAAGGUAGUGAUGGCUAUGCGACAGACCCCUCUAACCUGCUCCGGGCACACCCGACCAGUUGUAGACUUGGCCUUCAGUGGGAUCACACCUUACGGAUACUUCCUCAUCAGUGCCUGCAAAGAUGGCAAGCCCAUGUUGCGCCAGGGAGACACAGGGGACUGGAUCGGGACGUUCCUGGGCCACAAAGGAGCCGUCUGGGGAGCCACGCUGAACAAGGAGGCCACUAAGGCUGCUACGGCCGCCGCCGACUUCUCAGCUAAGGUGUGGGAUGCCGUGACUGGAGAGGAGGUUCUUACGCUGGCACACAAACACAUCGUCAAAACUGUGGACUUCACUCAGGACAGCAGCUGCCUGCUCACUGGAGGCAAUGAUAAGAUGUUGCGCAUUUAUGACCUCAACAAGCCUGAUGCAGAGCCGCAGGAGAUUUCGGGUCACACGUCGGCCAUCAAGAAAGCGCUGUGGUGCAACAACGACCAGCAGAUCCUUUCCGCAGCAGAUGACAAAACCAUACGGUUGUGGGAUAAGAGCACGAGUGAGGCGGUGAAGACUCUGACGUUUGACGUGGCCGUGAGCAGCAUGGAGUACGUCCCCGACGGAGAGAUCUUGGUCAUCACAUACGGCAAGACUGUAGCCUUCUACAACGCACACAGCCUUGAGUUGAUAAAGACUGUGGACGCCCCCACCUCCAUCCACUCUGCCUCUCUUCACCCUGAUAAGGACUUCUUUGUAGCCGGAGGAGAUGACUUCAAACUCUACAAAUACGAUUAUACCACCAAGGAGGAGAUGGAGUCGUAUAAGGGUCACUUUGGGCCGGUCCACUGUGUGCGGUUCAGUCCGGAUGGAGAGCUGUAUGCCAGCGGUUCUGAAGACGGGACUCUGCGUCUGUGGCAGACGGCGGUGGGCAAGACCUACGGGCUCUGGAAAUGUGUGCUGCCCGACGAGCUGGCGUCUGAGAACUCGGAGACGCUGUACUGCCCCACGGAGAUCAAGGCCUGAGGAGCACACACAGGCCUGCACGGGGCACACCCAGAAGCAACAGAUGAAGAAGAACUGGAGGAGGAAGAGAAGAAGAAGAGAAGAGAAGAAAAUAGAGGGAGGGGAUGGAGGGGUGCGGGAUAGAGGAGGAGGACAGGAGCGCACGGGUGGAUGGAUGGAUGGAUGGAUGGAUGGAUGUACAGAUGGAUUGAUGGAUGGAUGGAGGGAUGGAGGGAGGGAAAGAAAGAAAGAAAGAAGGAAGCCGUUUAAAGGUUUCCGUGUAAAAAACGCAGCAAAGCUCAUCAUGCCCGUACCAUACCACCCUUACCACCGCCACCCCCCCUUUACGAGCCCUCCGCCCCCGUCCCCCGUCUCUACUCCACCCUGCGAAAGUGCUGUGCCACCCAGCCUACUACACACCACACCUGGGGAUGAAAACAUCAGUGGAGCAGGGGCUAUGAGACGUGUGUCUCACACACAUACACACUUAAACAUAUACAAACACGUAAACAUGCAUACACACACAAACACAGACACUUUAACAUUAACAAACACUUAAACAUGCAUAAACAAACACACACACACACAUAAACGAACACAAACACGCUGGUGCAUAUUUACAUACACACACACACACACACACACACACACACACACACACACACACACACACACACACACACACAUUUUGGGAGGGAUAUGGUAGAAUGGGGUUAGUGGUGUAAACACACACACACACAUUUAAACAUAAACAAACACACACACACACACACACACACACACACACACACACACACACACACACACACACACACACACACACACACACACCCUGGAGAGAAGCAGUAGACCUGUGAUUUCACAGCUGCCUGCUACCUGUCUGUCAAAAUCAAGUCCGCUACACUGCAUCAUACACCACGCCCCAUUUCACACACAGUCCCUCCCUCAUCCCCAUCUCACCCAAUGAAAUCACAUCACAGCGCUGUGAUCACUUUGGGCUCUCUCGAACCACUGACUCCAGAACUGCACGGGGGAAAAAAAGCGAUAAGAUUGUAAAAGUAAAAAAUUAUACACAUUUGUGUUGUGGGGCAGGGGAAUUUUGGACACACACACACACACACACACACACACACACACACACACACAUAUACACACACACACACACACACACACACACACAUACACAUAUACAUUUACAUACAUGCAUACAUACAUACAGUACACACACACACAGUCACACACACUUGGUGUUUGACGAAAGGGAGGUAUUCUGUGGUGCCCCCACCCCACCCAACCCCCUCCACAAGAGGCGGGUAGCUAAAUUAACUGAAGAGGUUAUUGGUGCUGUUUGUUCUCUCACUGAGACAUGUUGGGGUAAAGUGAACGAUGAAAAUGUCACAAGUUACUUACGUUCUUUACUGUUCUUUGUAAUGUCUUUGGUUGAAAAAAAAGAAAACACACACUUGUGUUAUUUUUUUGGUGGAUGAAAUAAAAACAAAUGUGAAAUGCC